AUGGCUACGGGGAGCCACAGCCCGUCAGAACAGGACGCCGGCACGUCAAAGGUGACAGGUGAAGCCCCCAGGCCGCCGUCAAAUAAAAUGCCCGGCCUAGACGACCCCGCGUUCACCGAAGAAUGCGUCAGGGCAACGGCCUCGAUACACACGGACGCUCACCACCAUCUCAAUGCCCUUCCCAGGAACCUCGUACAACAGCAGCUUCCAGAGGAUGAAAAUUACGGCCUUAAGCCCCUAGGCCCAGAGGUCCUCAAAUCGCUCGAGGAUCUGGCGCUCGACGUCUUGACAGUGCACGCGUCGGAAGACGCACCCUCGCCACAGGACGGCGUCCGUCUCCUCCGCCGCCUAGACGGGGAAAUCGAGAGGACGUACCGUCGGUUCUACAAUUUCGUGUACGCGGAUCUGCCGUACUGCUGGAGGCAGCUGUACACUGACUUGAGCCUGCUGAAGUUCUCGUGUCUCGUGUUCUUGAGGGAGUGGCAGAGGACGGCCGGCGGCGGCGGCGACGGCGAGGUGGACGGCGACGAGAAGCUGCUGGACGAGUUAAUCGCGGUACUCGACAGGGCCCUCGUGCUCGCCGGUGGAGCGGGCGUCGCCCGCGGGAGGAAGACAAUCUCCGAGCUGCUCACCCGCCUCGAGGAUGACUGCACACUCGCGCCCGGGCCGAGGCCUCGUCUGCCGGCCGCGUUCCCGACGUCACGACCCUUCACACCGCCCGUCACGCGCCCGAUCCGCGUCAUCGACGGUAUGUCCAUGGCGGCGUUCCAGUCCUACCUGGAUAGCCCGCCGGCUGCGGACCUCGGCCCGGAGCCGCUGGUCCUGACGUCGCUGCUGACGGGCUGGCCGGCGCUCUCCAUGAGACCGUGGAGCUCGCCGGGGUAUCUCCUCUCGAGGACGCACGCCGGGCGAAGGCUCGUCCCGGUGGAGGUAGGCCGUAGCUACGUCGAUGAGGGGUGGACACAGGAACUCGUCCCGUUCCGGGAGUUGCUAUCGCGCAUCGUUGCGUCUUCGUCUUCUGGCCCGCCGGCCCCUUCGUCGGCCCAAGACGAGGCGAGCGCCAACGGACGAACGGCGGGGACGACGUACCUCGCCCAGCAUGAGCUCUUCUCCCAGCUCCCCCACCUCCGGAACGACAUCCUCACCCCGGACCACUGCUUCACCGCCCCGCCGCCGCACCCGCUCGGCCCGUCCGCGGACAAGCCGGAGCUCGAGCUGCCCCUAGUGAACGCCUGGUUCGGCCCGGCGGGCACCAUCACUCCGCUCCACACGGACGGGUACCAUAACCUGCUCUGCCAGGUCGUCGGCGCCAAGUACGUGAGGCUGUACGCGCCGCACGAUUCCGAAGCCUUGUGCCCGCGAGGCGUCGACGAUGACGAUGACGACGACGACGCUCUCGCCGAAGAAGGGGGCGAGGGGCCAGGCGAGCAUGGUGUGAAGGGGGUCGGAGAGGGGGAGGGUACGAGGAGGAAGGUGGAUAUGAGCAAUACAAGCGCAUUCGACGUCGGCGCCGUGGAGGGCUGGGACCCGGACCCGGAGGGCCGCGACGCCAUCGAGCUCGAGGAGUUCCGCGGGUUGCGGCACUGGGACUGCGUGCUCGAGGCCGGCGACGUACUGUAUAUCCCCAUCGGCUGGUGGCACUACGUCCGCAGCCUGAGCGUGAGCUUCAGCGUGAGCUUCUGGUGGAACGGGGACCAGUACGUCGGGCCGGGAGGACGAUCUCCUGCGUGA